ACGCACCCGACAACACACAUACAAUGUAAUCCAAAUAAUUCUGGCUCUUUCAAAAACAUUUUUUUUCAAUUUAUAUUCUUCACGCAUUUUCUUAAUAACUUAAAAGAAGUAUUUAAACUAUAACUCACUUACAUCUAACUUAAUUUAUUAAAAUUUGCAAGGAAGUCAAUCAAUUUUUGUGUGAUAUUUCGAUUUUCGAUUCUGUUCAGUGAUAGUUCCAACUCUGAGAACCUUAAAUUAAAAGAAACCUUUGCACUUGCAAACUAUGCCAAAACAUUAAUGGGGCAUAACUAAGUAAAAAAAAUAAAAGAAAAACCUUAAUAGAUAUACGCAAAUAUACAUAAUAUAUUAUUGCACCUUUAUAAGUUGCAACUGUUUAACAAAAAAAUUAUUUUUUUAGCAAGUGUUUAGUUUCAAUUGUAGUUAACUUAAUGAAUUUCCAUUGUGCAACUGAGAAUACUCACAUCAAACACACAGUUGCAUAAUUGGCUUAAACUUUAGCUGCUGGGCACGCUUAAAGUCAUUCCAAAACAAACUCGCCCACACAAACACGCUGACACAAAAACCGAACUAAUGCAAAAAUGUCGCAGACAAACGAACCGCAGAACCCAACAGCAAGCAAUACUGACCACACAGACCACACCAUCCAAAACACAGGCAACACACAAUCCCACAAUCCCAGUCCAUCCAUACCAAAUGAGCUGAAGCAGCGACAGAAAUCUUCGCUCUCACCGCUGAAUGUGCGACGACUUUCCUCCUAUGCCGCCCACAAUGAAGCCGCCGAUAUUGGGGCAGAUGAUGGUGUGCUGCCGCCAUCGUCCACAACCAUCAAUAUACAUUCGAUCAACAACAACAAUAACAACAACAACAACAACACCAAUACCAAUAACAACAAUAACACAUCAUCAACGUCCUCAUUAUACUCCACGCCACCAAUAUACCAACAACAAUUAUCAACAAUGACCACAACGACACCGUUAGAUGCGGCUGUGGAUGAUAAAUACAAGUUAUUUACCAUCUUCAAUGGAAACGACCCCGACAAUGAGAAGUUGUCCGGGCUUCCACAUUCAACAACUGGUUCACUAAGCUCAAUCAUCACGACGUCCAUAGCAUCCUCCGAACCGGAUCCUGGGGCGGCGGGCGGUGGCGGUGGCAGUGGCGGCGGUGGAGGUGGGGGCGGUCAUGGAGGCAGCGGCGGACCCGGCGCUCUCGCAGCAGAUGCAUGCAGCAUUGCGGGCAUCAAUGGCAGCUCCGAGGAAAAGUUGGCACUCAAUCGUCCGGGCAUCAAGCAGGAGAAAUGGACAACAAUAUUACUCCAGGUGUCCAUACCUUUCUUUCUGGCUGGCAUUGGAACCAUUGGAGCUGGCAUUGUACUUGGGCGCGUCGAGAAAUGGUACGUCUUCAAGAAUGUUAGUGAGCUAUUUAUCCUGGUGCCAGCACUGCUUGGCCUGAAGGGUAAUCUGGACAUGUGUCUAGCCUCGCGUCUCUCCACUCAGGUCAAUCUGGGCAAUAUGACAUCGCGUUCGAAUGUGGUGCGUAUGAUCGUCGGCAAUAUAGCUCUGGUGCAAGUGCAGGCCACUGUGGCCUCCUUCUUGGUGGCCAUGUUUGCAAUGAGCGUGGGUGCGGCGAUGACAGGUAGCUUCCACUUUGAGAAUGCGAUGCUGUUGACCGCAUCGGCCAUGUUUACGGCAACAUCGUCGUGCUUUGUCCUAGAUUUUGUGCUGGUCGCUGUGAUUUUAUUCUCUCAAAAGUAUCGCCUGAAUCCGGAUAACCUGGCCACGCCACUGGCUGCUUCUAUUGGAGACGUUGUGUCGAUCAGUUUACUGUCUUUCAUUGCCUCUCUACUCUAUGAGAAUAUAAAGACCCAUCUGUGGAUCACUUUCAUCGUGGUCACCUGCUAUCUGGUGCUGCUUCCCAUGUGGGUUGUCAUUGUGCUCAAAAAUGAGUAUACUCGACCGGUGCUAAAGAGCGGUUGGGUGCCGGUCCUCUCGGCGCUCUGUAUAAGCGGGCUCGGAGGCCUCGUAUUGGAUGCGGCUGUUGAGGUAUUCAAUGGCUUUGUGGUCUUUCAGCCGAUCAUUAACGGUAUUGGCGGCAAUCUGGUAUCAGUACAGGCCAGCAAGAUAUCAACCAUGCUGCAUCAGAGCUCAAUUAUUGGCAUUAUACCACCGCACACGAAGGUCGUCGAGUGGCCGUGGCGUGCACUGUUCAAGGGCGUUCCCUAUGCUAAGACGGCCCGCAUUCUUAUCGCCAUGUCGAUACCAGGCAAUGUAUUGUUCAUAUUUGCUGCCGACUAUAUAAACAUGAACACGACGACUGUCACGUGGGUGUUUAUGCUAUCAUAUCUAAUAGCCAGUUUGAUACAGGUAAUGCUGCUGCUCUAUAUUGCGCAUAUCAUAGUGCACGCCAUGUGGAAAUGGAAGAUCGAUCCGGAUAACUCGGCCAUACCAUAUCUGACUGCGCUGGGUGAUCUGCUGGGCAGCAGUUUGCUGGCAGUCGCGUGGCUCUUUACGAUGUCGGUUAACAUGCAAUACGGCUCCAAUUUGGAUACACUAAAUGCGCCCAACUAGCGCCCAACUCUUCACUCCUCCUCACAUGGUAGCCUACAUACUAAAUUGCAUAGCUGUGGGGUGGCAUCGCUUUUGAUGGCGCCCAGUUUCUUAGUUAGCACGCAAUAAGAUAUUGCAAAAUUGAAAAUUAUACGAUAAUUGCGGACACAACAACAACACAAUACAAAGAACUGUAAUGUACCUAAAUUCUAACAUAGAAAUGUAUCUAUGCAUACACAAAGAAAGACACCAAAA